CCCGUUUCGGCCUUUUUUUGUCCGGAUGAGUCAUCGCAAGUUUGAGGCGCCCCGUCACGGGUCUCUUGGUUUUUUGCCUCGAAAACGUUGUAAACACAUUACUGGGAAAAUACGAUCAUUUCCAAAGGAUGACCCUAGGAAAAAAUGCCAUUUAACUGCAUUUAUGGGGUAUAAGGCAGGCAUGACGCACAUUGUCAGAUCAGUAGAAUUUCGGGCAAUGCAGAAUAAAAAAGAGACAAAAGAUAUUGUUGAGGCUGUUACUAUUAUUGAGUGUCCUCCAAUGGUUCCUGUAGGCAUUGUUGGCUACAUCCCCACCGUUAAAGGCCUUAGAGCUUUAAGCUGUGUCUGGGCAACUAACUUGUCUGACACUGUCCGUCGUCGUUUCUACAAACACUGGGCUCGGUCUAAGAAAAAGGCCUUUACAAAAUAUGCACGCUUACAAGCCGCUGAUAAUGGUAAAAAGAUGCAAGAAAGUCUAACAAAAAUGAAGAAAACUUGCACAGUCAUACGAGUUGUUGCGCACACUCGUAUUGACCUUCUUAAUCUCCGACAGAAGAAAGCUCAUUUAAUGGAGAUUCAAGUCAAUGGUGGCUCCAUUGCUGAAAAAGUGGACUAUGCGAAGAGCUUGUUAGAGUCCCAAGUUCGUGUGAAAGAUGUGUUUACCCCUGAGGAGUUUGUGGACGUGGUCGGAGUAACUAAGGGGCAUGGCUAUGAAGGCGUGGUUGCUAGAUGGGGCGUCAAGAAACUUCAACGAAAAACACAUCGUGGAUUGAGAAAAGUAGCUUGUAUUGGUGCAUGGCAUCCCGCGCGUGUGCAGUACUCUGUCCCGCGGGCUGGUCAGCGUGGCUACCACCACCGGACGGAGCUCAAUAAGAAGAUAUACAGAAUCGCCGACGGUUUCCAUCAAGAUCCCGAGACUGGCGAGCGCAAGGAAAAUAACGCCUCCACGGACUACGAUCUCACCGAAAAGUCUAUCAACCCUAUGGGUGGCUUUCCGCACUACGGCCUCGUCACUAACGACUUUAUGAUGAUCAAGGGCUGCUGCGUAGGGACCAAGAAGAGGGUUCUUACUCUGAGGAAAUCUAUGUUCCGCCCGAAGGAACGCGCCCAUGUGGCUGUGGAGCUGAAGUUUAUCGAUACCUCUUCUAAAUUUGGGCACGGUCGAUUCCAAACUCACACCGAAAAACUUGCCGUGAUGGGUCAAUUGAAAAAGCAUAGGAAGGAAAUAUUGGAAAGCGCAAAGUAGCUUGUUUAAUAAAAAACUCAAAAGGAAGUUAAA